UGCCUCGCCCCCCCUCCAUUUUGGCCAACUCCUACAUCCACCCACCCCCAAACAAAACACACACGCGCACAAACACGCUGCCGCUCCGAGGUUCUUGACACCCGGCGCCGUGUGAGUGUGUGCGCGCGCGUCUCUUUUCUCUCUCGCCCACCCCCCCCCNAAAUCUCGUUUCUGAGGAGGAGAAUAAAAAUGCUUCGCUGGAGCAUGGCUUUGUGGCUGGCUGGGAUGACCCUGUGGGGCAAGCUCGCCCGCUGCACCGGCCUCGACUAUGACUACGCUUACGACUUCAACGAAGAGGAUAAGACUGAAGCGAUAGAUUACAAAGAUCCUUGCAAAGCCGCUGUCUUUUGGGGAGAUAUUGCCUUAGAUGAUGAAGACUUAAAAAUCUUUCAGAUUGACAGGACAAUUGAUCUUACACAGCAUUCAAAUGAGAGAGACAGACAUAAUACAGGUGGAUUUGGAGAACAUGGAGUGUCAAAAAAAAGUGAUGCUCUCUAUCAGCUAAUAGACAGAAUAAGAACAUUUGGUUCAGGCUUUGAUCAAAGUAAUACAACUAAGGGAAGAGCAGCACUAACAUUCUCAGGGAGCUAUGACAGAAAAAGGAUACCUAGAGCGGCUACAUCGCGUACAGAAAGAAUAUGGCCAGGAGGUGUCAUUCCAUAUGUUAUAGGAGGAAAUUUCACUGGCAGCCAGCGAGCCAUGUUCAAGCAGGCAAUGCGGCACUGGGAAAAAUAUACCUGUGUUACAUUCAUUGAGCGAAGUGAUGAAGAAAGUUACAUUGUGUUUACAUACAGGCCCUGUGGGUGCUGUUCUUAUGUAGGUCGAAGGGGCAAUGGUCCUCAGGCAAUCUCUAUAGGCAAGAACUGUGAUAAAUUUGGAAUUGUUGUUCAUGAGCUGGGACAUGUGAUAGGGUUUUGGCAUGAACACACAAGACCAGAUAGAGACGAUCAUGUAACCAUCAUCAGAGAAAAUAUCCAGCCAGGUCAGGAGUACAACUUUUUGAAGAUGGAGCCUGGAGAAGUUAAUUCUCUGGGGGAGCCAUAUGAUUUUGAUAGCAUUAUGCACUAUGCCCGGAACACCUUCUCAAGGGGCAUGUUUCUGGAUACCAUACUUCCUUCCCGUGAUGACAAUGGGAUCCGGCCAGCCAUUGGUCAGCGCACCCGAUUAAGUAAAGGAGAUAUUGCACAAGCAAGAAAGCUGUACAGAUGUCCAGCAUGUGGUGAAACAUUGCAAGAGUCUACAGGCAACUUUUCCUCUCCAGGAUUUCCAAAUGGCUAUCCAUCAUAUACACAUUGCAUAUGGAGAAUUUCAGUGACGCCUGGAGAGAAGAUUGUUUUAAACUUUACUACAAUGGACCUCUAUAAGAGCAGCCUCUGCUGGUAUGACUAUAUUGAAGUAAGAGAUGGCUACUGGAGAAAAUCACCUCUGCUUGGCAGGUUCUGUGGUGAGAAACUCCCAGAUGUCCUUACCUCUAGUGACAGCAGAAUGUGGAUAGAGUUCCGUAGUAGCAGUAACUGGGUAGGAAAGGGUUUUGCAGCCGUUUAUGAAGCAAUUUGUGGAGGUGAAAUACACAAAAACGAAGGCCAGAUCCAAUCUCCUAAUUAUCCUGAUGACUACAGACCAAUGAAGGAAUGUGUGUGGAAAAUAACAGUGUCAGAGAACUACAAUGUCGGAUUAACCUUUCAGGCGUUCGAGAUUGAGAGACAUGACAAUUGUGCCUAUGAUUAUUUAGAGGUCCGAGAUGGAAUCAGUGAAAGCAGUCCGUUAAUUGGCCAUUUUUGUGGCUAUGAUAAACCUGAAGACAUAAGAUCUACCUCCAACACCCUGUGGAUGAAAUUUGUUUCUGAUGGAACAGUCAACAAAGCAGGGUUUGCUGCUAACUUUUUUAAAGAGGAAGAUGAAUGUGCCAAACCUGACAAUGGUGGAUGUGAACAACGGUGUGUCAAUACGCUGGGCAGCUAUCAUUGUGCUUGCGAUCCAGGUUAUGAACUUGGGCCUGAUAAGAAGAGUUGUGAAGCGGCUUGUGGAGGACUUUUGACAAAGCUGAAUGGGACUAUAACAACACCAGGAUGGCCCAAAGAAUAUCCUCCUAACAAAAACUGUGUAUGGCAAGUGGUUGCUCCCACCCAAUAUAGAAUCUCAGUGAAGUUUGAAUUUUUUGAAUUAGAAGGAAAUGAAGUGUGCAAAUAUGAUUAUGUUGAAAUCCGUAGUGGCCUAUCUUCUGAUUCCAAACUACAUGGCAAAUUUUGUGGUACAGAAGUGCCUGAAGUUAUUACAUCCCAACUGAAUAAUAUGAGAAUUGAGUUCAGAUCAGAUAACACAGUUUCAAAAAAGGGUUUCAAGGCUCACUUCUUCUCAGAUAAGGACGAAUGUUCAAAGGACAAUGGUGGCUGCCAGCAUGAAUGCAUCAACACUGUAGGAAGCUAUGUGUGUCAAUGUCGCAAUGGAUUUGUGCUACAUGAAAACAAACAUGACUGCAAGGAAGCUGAGUGUGAACAGAAGAUCCACAGCCCAAAUGGAAUUAUCACAAGCCCUAACUGGCCUGACAAGUACCCAAGCAGGAAGGAAUGCACGUGGGAAAUAAGUGCCACUCCUGGUCACAGAGUCAAAAUAGUUUUUAAUGAAUUUGAAAUUGAGCAACAUCAAGAAUGUGCCUAUGACCAUUUAGAACUAUUUGAUGGAGAAACUGAAAAGUCUCCAAUUCUUGGACGUUUAUGUGGAAAUAAGAUACCAGAUCCUCUUGUUGCUACUGGAAAUAAAAUGUUCAUUCGUUUUAUCUCUGACGCAUCAGUACAGCGGAAAGGCUUCCAAGCUACACAUUCUACAGAAUGUGGUGGUCGUUUGAAAGCUGAAAGCAAACCAAGAGAUCUCUAUUCUCAUGCUCAGUUUGGUGAUAACAACUACCCAGUUCAAGCAGACUGUGAAUGGCUAAUAGUAUCAGACCGUGGCUAUCGAAUAGAAUUGACUUUUCAGACAUUUGAGGUGGAAGAAGAAGCAGACUGUGGUUAUGACUACCUAGAACUAUUUGAUGGCCAUGAUACCACAGCCCUAAGACUUGGUCGGUUUUGUGGAUCAGGGCCACCAGAAGAAAUGUACUCAGCAGGUGAUUCUAUUUUACUUCAUUUUCACACGGAUGAUACAAUCAACAAAAAAGGAUUCCAUAUACGAUACAAAAGUAUAAAAUACCCAGAUAAUGUCCACACCAAAAAAUAACACAAGGUACCUUUGAUCACAAAAUGAGUCAGAAAGAGCGACUUGUGGAGAAAUAGAAGGGGAGAGAGAGAAAGAGAGAGAGGGGUGGAUUUUUUUUCAUACUGACCUUAUUACUAAACAAGUUUUACACCAAGAAUUCAAAUGAAGGAAAGCCAAAACAUCUCACUGUCAAAUGUACUCCUGUUCUAACAGUACAGACAUUAUGGUGAUGACGUGUGGUCUCCGUGUGUGGCUGUCUCUGCAAAGCUGGCAAAGGGGCAUCACCUGCUUUCAAGGAGACUAUUAAGAGCUUGACAAGUGUCCUAGAGGCCUGCAUAUUCAACAGUCAGAUUUAGGGGGAAAGACCCUACAGACUUCUUUUGUUACGACAAGUGACUGGUGUCCAGGAGAGGAAAAAAGUUCACCUUCUGCAAGUCAUGCACUCAAAAAUGCUGUUCUUAUAUCCUCCUUACUGUAAUUGCUUCAGUGGUGUAUCCAGGAUACAAUACAUACAAACAAAAGUCAGCAAAGAAGGGCAGCAGAUCUUCUGAGAUUUAUUCCUUACUCAUAUUUCAUCUAUCCCAUUAAUGUAUUAAUGCCAUAGAAACUGGAAAACCAUGUCUGCAAAAUCAUUAGAUCUUUAGAGAAUUUUGAUUAUAGCAACACAUUGGAAUGUCUGACGCUUUUUACAUUCAUCAUGAUACAUCUAGACCUUGGAGACUGUCAGUGACUGGGAAGACUGGAUUUGUUACUGCUGACAGACUCUGUAUCUGCUGACCUCUUACAUGUUACACUUAGAAUGAUACAGGGAAUGUGUCUUUUACAAGACUGCUGCAGACCUUUGUAUAAAGAACAACAGAGGUUACCAGGACCAGAGUAAUCCCAAAUGCCAGUUGUGAGUUUCAUUUUGAUAGUAAUGAACCGCUAGUCUACAUUUCCUUGGAAAUGUUUGUGAAUGAGCUAUUUGUUUGUUUGCUUUUAAAAAAAUCAUAAACAAUUAAAGGUUUCCCCCCCAAAACCAGGUUUUCCAACCAAUUGGGGGGGAAAGAACAAAGGAAUUGUUUUCUGGAAAUAAGACCCAUGAUGGCAAGAUAUUUCUAUGGUGCUAUUCUAUGAACAUUUUUUAAAAAAAUAUUCCCAUAAUCUAAAAUAUUCUAGACCUUCAAGCCAACAACCUGCAGAUCAUGAAUGUCUCACAAUGCCUGGCUGCAUCUUAAGAAGGACAGACUUUCUAAGCAUGUGAAAAAGAGAAUUAAAAUGGCAGCACAAGCCCUGUGGAACAACUACUACUAUUGCCUUAGUAUACUUGCACAUGAUCGUACAGAUCUUCCUGUAGAUAAACAUCUGAUUUGAUACAGAACUUGAUAGUUUGAACAAGUAUUGUUCACAGAAGUGAUCCUCAAGCAAAUCCCCAUCUGCAAAAUCUGCAGACCAAGAUCAUCAGUUGUAAAUAGUAUGGACUUCCUGUUGAUGUAGAAAUAUGUUACUUUUAGAACAAAGUAUUGUAUGUGCUUUAGGCCAUACAUGGCUUUAGUCACAGUGUAUAUGCAUCAUGUAAGUAUGUAUGAAUGAGUUCUUCAAGAGAGUGAGAAGUGUGUGGAUGGACAGGUAAAUAGUAAUUCAUGUGCCAAGUUCCACCAGAAUCCAGAUUGACUGUAGCAACUUUCUUUAAAGCUUUCUUAAGUGGGUCAAUAAAGAAUCAAGAAUGCGUGAAUUUUAUGUUCCAUUCAGAAGAAAUAUUUUGAUAACCUUUGAAGUUGGUUGCUACCCAGCUUAGUUUAUGUUUCCUUACUGUGAUCAUACACUGGCAUUAAUAAAUG